AUGGAACGAGCAGCUGUCUGGAUUGCUGUGGAAUACAUUUGUAGAAUCCUCAGAAUUUCUACAGCAUCAGUUCUUCUGGGAGUAGGAAUAGAAACCAACCUUCAGGGAGCAUUCAGAAGUCUUGGUAUCUAUCUUCUACUCCACGCUAUCUAUCCGAUGGACAAAAGAGCUAGACUGGGUGGCUUUCAAAAGUUUUUAGCCUAUACACUGAUGUCUGUUGUGUGUUUUCUGCACCCAGUCCUGAUGUGGCAUGCUACUAUUCCAGGAGCCAUGCUUUUUACAACUGGCUUUUCCUACUUCAUAAUAAGUAAAAAGAAAAAGACAAAGCUGUCUAAAGACCCAGCCAGCCAAUCUGAGUGCUAUGCAGAUCCUUCUGCUACGUUGGUGGAUGUGACAGAAACAGGGGAUACAGAGCAAACGUAUAGCUUCAACAAUCCUGUUAAAAAACAGAAGACAACUCCCUUAGCAUCCCUUCAGAGCAUACUGAAAAUCAAACCGUCAAAAGAUAAUGAGCCGUCUAUGAUUCACCAAAGCUUACCUGAGGAUAAACCACUGAUAAACAUGGGCAGGAAAAGACAGGUACAUUUUGAAGAAAAUGCAGUAACAAUGAUUCCAGCUGAGCCUGAAAGCCUGCAUAAUCACAACAUACCGGGUUUAGAGGAAAAUACUUCAGACACGACUCCCAUCAUCAGACCAUAA